UGCUCCUCGUAUACUUUCUUUUGCUUGCUCCCGUGCGAAUAAUCCUUGGAGUUUGUUGCCUUGUUGGUGGGAUUUACAAGGAGGAGAGGGCAGAGGGAGUCCGGGCAGAUUUGCGGGAGCGAAAGGUUGGUUGCUGGUUGGAGUGGCCGGGCGCCGGGCAUGGGGAAGCCGGCGGCGGCGGUGGACGGCGACGAGGCGGUGUUCCUGGAGCUGGCGCGGGAGCUCAAGGAGGAAGGGAGCAGGCUGUUCAACCGGAGGGACUACGACGGCGCCGCCUUCAGGUACGACAGGGCGAUCCAGCUCCUCCCCCGGGGCCACCUCGAGGCGGCGCACCUCCGGACCUGCGUCGCCCAGUGCUACAUGCGGAUGAGCCCCGCCGAGUACCACCGCGCCAUCCACGAGUGCGACCUGGCGCUGGAGGUGGCGCCCCGGUACAGCCGGGCGCUGCUGCGCCGGGCGGCCUGCUUCCACGCGCUCGACCGGCCGGACCUGGCGUGGCCCGACGUCGAGGCCGUGCUGGCCUGGGAGCCGGCCAACCGCGCCGCGCGGGAGAUGUCGGACAAGGUGAGAGCGGCAUUGGAGGAGAAGGGCGUUCUUGUCUUGGAUAAGGAAACUGUACCGCCGCCGGAGCAGCACAACGCUGGUCGUGUGAAGGGACAGGGGAAGCUGAAAAAUUCUCACAAAAAAUGUGAUUCUGCUAUUGAGGUGCAGGAGUUGAUUCAUCUCGAAGAUUAUGGGCAAGAUGAGAACACAGAGCUGACGAUUAAUGGUCAGGAGAAUGGAAAAAAGCAUGCCGUCAAGAAGCAAUUUGACUGUAAGCAUGUUGAUGGCAAUCAAGAAAUGCAAACUGACCAGCUGGAAGCAAAUGGAGCAAAAGAGCAUCGAAAUCAUAUAGAAGAUAAGGAAACCAAUGGUUUAGAGAAGGAAGGACAGAAUCACAAGCCAGCAAAACACACUGCAGGAAAGAAAAAUAGGCGUUCUGACGCUAAGAAACAAAAGCAUUCUGCUAUGCGGCCAGUGCAUCACACUGAGGAAAAUCACCAUGAAAAUCACAUGGAAACCAAUGCCCAUGUCAAGGAAGUAGUGAAGGAUCUGAAACUGGUCUUUGGAGAGGACAUUAGGUGUGCUCAAAUGCCUGCUAACUGUAAUCUAUCACAAUUGCGAGAGAUUGUUCAAAACAAGUUUCCAUCUUUGAAAGCGUUCCUUAUCAAAUACAAGGACAAGGAAGGUGACUUGGUGACAAUCACUUCAUCAGAUGAGCUUGGAUGGGCCUACAGCUUGGCAGAUCUGGAAGGGUCAAUUCGAUUGUACAUUAUACAGGUCGAUCGUGCACAAGAGCUAGGUGUGGAUGUUUUCAGGAGACGCUCUUCCUUUGCCUCAUUAGAGAAAGGUUAUUAUAGCAUGUCGGAGAAUGGAAGCACUAGGCAUGACGAUGAUCAGAACUGCUCUGUUGAUGACUGGAUGAUACAGUUUGCUCGGCUAUUCAAGAACCAUGUUGGUUUUGAUUCUGAUUUGUAUUUGGAUCUCCACGACCUUGGCAUGAGAUUGUACUAUGAAGCUAUGGAAGACACCGUCGCAAGCGAAGAAGCACAGGAAAUAUUUCAAGUUGCUGAACUAAAAUUCCAAGAAAUGGCGGCAUUGGCUCUGUUUAACUGGGGAAAUGUUCACAUGGCUGCUGCAAGAAAAAGGCCUCCCUUGUCUGACGAUGCUUCAUUAGAAUGUAUACUUGAGGAGGUUAAGGUUGCUUAUGAAUGGGCUUGUGCGGAAUAUGGUAAAGCUGGUGUGAAGUAUGGAGAAGCUGUGAAAACAAAACCAGAUUUUUUUGAAGGUCUUAUUGCACUAGGGCAGCAGCAGUUUGAGCAGGCCAAGCUCUGUUGGUAUUAUGCUCUUGCAUGUAAGAUUGACAUGGGAACUGAGGUUUUGGGAUUCUUUAACCAUGCAGAGGAUAAUAUGGAAAAGGGAAUGGAGAUGUGGGAAGGAAUGCAAAAUACACGCUUGAGAGGCCUCUCAAAACCAAAUAAGGAGAAAGCCAUAUUUGAGAAGAUGGGCAUAGAUGGAUAUAUGAAGGAUAUCUCUUCAGACGAAGCAUUUGAACAGGCUUCAAGUAUUCGAUCGCAUGUAAAUAUUUUGUGGGGUACGAUUCUUUAUGAACGCUCUAUAGUGGAAUUCAACAUGGGACUUCCUAGUUGGGAGGAGUCUCUAACAGUUGCUAUGGAAAAAUUUAAGACUGGAGGGGCUUCUUCCGCAGACAUCAAUGUGAUGGUAAAAAACCAUUGUGCCAAUGAAACUACACAAGAAGGACUGAGUUUUAAGGUUGAAGAAAUAGUUCAAGCAUGGAAUGAGAUGUAUGAUGCGAAAAAGUGGAGAAGUGGAGCCCCAUCCUUCCGACUUGAACCAAUAUUUCGACGAAGGGCUCCAAAGUUGCACCAUAUAUUGGAGCAUAUACACUAUGCGUGACUCUCUAAUAUAUGAGACUCUGACUUUCCAUCAUGGAGAAGUUCUUUCGUGAUUUUAUCAGGGCACUAGGAUAUCAAGGGAUCUUAUACUCAGUUGUUUUUAUCUGUUACUCCUACAGCCGUUAAAACUAUAGGAGUUGACUGCAGUCAGCUACCUCUCAGAUUUGUUUAUUCUGGGAGCUGUACUGCACUUACCCAUCCAAAAUAUAUAAAAAAAGGAAAUAUUCUCUUCGACUUCCAGCAACAGAUUGGCUGACAGGCUGACAGUAGCGUGUAGGGGUUUCCUGAAUCGGAAAGGCGACAAGAAAAAAAAAAUUGCUAACAAUGCGGCUUGCGUUUGCUAUUAUAUUUGGUGCUUUACGCAACCUUCUGCUUGGUGAUACUGUGGAUAUUGUGUAUGUUGCACUUCCUCCUAUUUCAGUCAUGGAAGUGCUCCAAGGUGUUAGAUCAUCAUAGGAAAUUUUUGAGAAUACACAUGUUAUAUUUACUUGCCUAGAUGAUCUUCCCAGCUGUGUUUUACACUUCUACUCCAGGUCACACAUGAAAAGCUGAAUACAGUUUGUGUAACAUGUAGCUGAAUAGUACGGCAGAAUGUUUGUAGUGUACAAUUGUGUGGAACAGAUGUUUAUAUUGACAAAGUCAUCAAAUAUCCUUGAUUGUUAAUCAUUCUGGCCCU